UUCUCUGUUGAACGGGCGUUGAACUGUUGCUACCAACGUCUGGACGGUUGACAGCAACAGUAGCUUAUUUUACAGUUGAGAGAGGAGUCAGCUAACGUUGGUGUAAAAAUGAACGACGAAUAUGCACUUAAUAAUAUCGACAGCCUCCUCUUUAAGUUAGCUCUUCAAACUCGGGAACUUUCCCAAAAGAAGAAUGAUAUCAGCCAACGAAUUAAAGUUUAUAGUGCUGACAUUGCUGAGAAGAGGUCUUGCACUGAAACACUCCACAGAAAUAUCAAGAAACUUGAGGAAGAAAUCAGGGUGAAGCAGAGCACUGUGGCACAUAGUAAAGCAAAUGCAAAAAGCAUGAAGGCCACUAACAGCCUGCUCCUUCAGUAUGAACAAACACUGAAAGCUGAACUUGAGAGCAGAAAAGCCAACUACAACCAUGACAUGGGAGUCUACGAAGAGAGGAUCGCAAGCUACAAAAAGAUAUUCCAGUCUCAUAAAGAAUAUUAUUGCCAAAAUCCUCUGGCUCAAAAGCUCAUCAGGCUGCAGGCUGAAAAAGAGGAGAUUGAGUGCAGGAUCAAGGCCUGUGAUGGUCAAAUUAUAAUGAAACAGACGGAGCUGGACCAUCUCAUUGGUCCAGCAGUCAAUUCUUCUACCAAGAAACUACCAGAUAGUGUUUCCGGGCCCAUCAAUGAAUCAGAGAAACAAUUCGAUCCACAGACAGAGGAGGACAGUGAUUCUGCUGUCGACAUCUCCUCUCUUCAUCUCAACCAAGCAAAGAAUGGUCAAAAAGUAUCUGUAGAGGCAAAUGCUAGAGAUAUUGAUGAGGAACAAAAAGUUCAGGAGGCUACCGCCUGUGGUCCUGACCCCGAAGAAGCAAGCAAUGAGUUGUGGUCAUAUGAACAGUUGGAUGAGCAAAGUUGGCCAGAUGGGAUGCAUGCAAAUGAGCAGGAAAAGGAAACAGAACUACAGGACCAAGCCAUGGAACAACAACCAACUGUGUCACAGGUGGAGGAUGCAGUGGAGGACAAGGUGGAGGAAGAAGUAGGUACAAAUGAAGAUCAAACACCAGGUGAAGAGGACAAUGAAGGACUCACUGCUUUUCUUCAGUCAUCUCAAGAAACUAAUCAGCCCUCCCCAGCAAAAAUGACAGCUGCACCUUCAACUCCAUCAUUCCCAUUUAACUUCAGCCCUACCAGCUCCCCACAUCAAAGGACCUCUGAUACCAAAUCUCCAGCUUUCCUGUUCUCUCUGAACUCUGAUCCUAGCACCCCAGGCUUUUCUGGAUUUGGAUUUGACGAGGGCACAUCACGGGAUGAAGUUUCUUUGCAGGACACAUCUUUUGCUUUCACCAGCCCUUUUUUCAGCCAGAAGAAAACCACAGAAUCAAAGUCUUCCCACUGUGCUGAGUUUCUGUUUGACCAAUCAGAGCAAAGUGAAGAAUUUCAGUUUGCCUUCACCACCAAAAGCCCUCAGGCAACUAACAAAGAUAAGACCAUGGGAGAAUUUCCAUUUUCAUUCAACUUUUGAGAGUUAUAAGAAAACAUCCAGUUCAGACGAGUUCCUAGCUUAUUAACUUCAGUAAUGUUCUCAUUUAGUGGGCAAUGAAAAAUUCUCAGGGUAAAAGUUCAUUAUUUAACACCAUUAUAAAAUUUAUAAGACUUAAUCAGUUAAGUGAAAUUUGCCAGAUGUGUGAUGUGAAUACCAUUUUUAAUUUUUAUUCUGUUCAGUGGUUGCUAUUUAUUUAUCUGUUUAACCUAACUUGGUUUAUUUAAAAAGCUAUUCACAUUACAAUGAACAUAUUUUUCACAGUGUCUUAGUUGGAUAACAUUUUAUUUAAGACAGAGAUAUGGCAUCAGUAUCAAAAAUAAUACACAAGUCCAUAUUUCUUUACAGUGUAAUAAACUGCUUAUUCUGUGAUUUGCUGUUCAGUUUGCAUCAAUGAAUGACAGGCAGUGAUUCAGUUCUACAUGGUGUAUAAAUAAAAUGAAAUUAAUACCUCA